GAAAAUCAGCUUCUUGUGCUACUUCCUAACCAGAUUUUGUAUAUAUUUGCGCUAUCUAAAGCUAGGAGAACCCAUUGUUUUCAUUCUUAUUUACUAUUAGCCAGCUUGCUAACUAGCUAAAACUUUUAACGUACUCGCAAAUUAAAUUGUCCGGUGGGGUGAUUUUGCGCAUGUCAGACUGUCUUACUCAUGCGCUAAAGAUAACUGAGCCAGUCAGGUUUAGCGUGCUAGCAGCUAAGAAUCGGUGAAGCCCUGGUAUGCUAAAACUCACUUUGUUACUCAGUGCCCGGCUUGUGUAACUUAUUUGUUUUGCCCCUGAAAAUGUUGACACGUACCUCAGAGCAUGUAAUCCAUCCCCCGGGACGACGCAGUGUAUUUAUACGCCAUUCUUUAGAAAGAGCCAGUACGUAGAGAUGUGCUUCAUGUGCUUCAGCAUGUGGCUUUUCUAGCAGAUAAUCUCACUUGUAUUUUUUUGUGAAGGAUUUCUCGUUGAAAACUUGCUGAUCUCCUCUUCUGUGACUGUAAGCUGAAUAUUUUUGUGUUGGACUGCCGGUCAGUCUAAAAAAAGCUAUUUGGGGACAUAUGCUUGAGCACAUGAAGAAUGAUAAUAAUUGUUAAUUACAGCCCCAUUUUAGGUUAACAAUGACACCCGACUGCAUGAUGUCACAGUGUGGAAAGGAGCAAAGGUCAACAUUUUCUCUUACAUGCUCACGGCCGCAUGUAGCACUUUAACUACAUUGUCUACACCCUGUUAAACAGUUCACUCUAGCCGUUUCAGUAUUCUUUUGCUUGGAGAGGCAGACGAGUUGAGACCAAACCGCAGCCUGAUUGAAGUGUCCAGCCCUAACAGUUGGGUUUGUUUGUUCAAGUCGGCUGCUUUUCAGGUGAAAACAAAUCCUCACAUGGUGAUUUGACCUAGCAAAACAGUUACACUCUGCGUAACAGAGUGGUCCGUAAACCGGCUCACACAAUGGUAGUGGAUGACACAGCAGGAAGUGGAGACAGAUCAGAUGGGGAGAAGGAGAUGGACCUUAAGGUGCCUACAUCUGAGGACAUCGGAGGGCAUCAAGACGGGGAUAUAGGCAUGGCUGUCUCUGCUCCUGAGGUCCUGUCUUCCUCCGACCGUCCUUCAGCGGAAGCUGGAGAGUCCAGAAAUUGGAAGUGCGCCGUGAUGUUCUUGUGUUUCUAUGGGUUUAUGGUAUCCAUUAAACCUGGGGAGCCCUUCAUUACACCCUAUCUGCUCAGCCCAGAGAAGAACUUCACCACGGAGCAGGUGACCAAUGAGAUCAUUCCUGUGCUGACGUACUCCUACAUGGCCGUGCUGGUGCCGGCCUUCCUGUUGACGGAUCUUAUGCGCUACAAGCCGGUCCUGAUCAUCCAGGCCAUCAGCCAGGUGGUCAUCUGGCUUGUUCUGCUCCUGGGCAACACCCUCCUCGAGAUGCAGUUUAUGGAGUUCUUCUACGGCAUCACCAUGGCCUGCCGUGUGGCCUACUCCUCCUACAUCUUCUCCCUGGUCAAUCCAAAACUCUACCAGCGCGUGGCUGGAUAUUCGCGCUCCUCGGUCCUCCUGGGGGUGUUCACCAGCUCGGUGGUUGGCCAGCUGUGCAUGUCCGUGGGCAACAUCAGCUUCUACACCCUCAAUGCUAUAUCUUUGGGGUUCGUCAGCUUUGGUCUGCUGCUCUCACUGUUCCUGCCCUGGCCUAAACGCUCCCUGUUUUUCAAUCGGAUGCAGAAUCAGGGGCAAAAAGAACUGACGGAAGUAGCCACCAAAUCUGAACUGGACAAAAUUAACCCGAAAGACGGCGUGUCGUCCUCUGCGGCGCCUCCGUGCCCUAGAUCACGCUGGAGGGAUUCUGUGUUUGUGCAGAUGCUGCUUGAGGUGAGAGAAGUGGUGAAGAGGCCCAACCUGAGGCUGUGGUCCCUGUGGUGGGUGUUCAACUCCACAGGGUACUACCUGGUGCUGUUCUACGUUCACAUCCUGUGGAACAAAGUCUACCCGCCCUCUGAGAACAAGCGCGUUUACAACGGGGCAGUGGAGGCAGCUUCUACCCUGCUGAGCACGAUGACGUCCUUCAGUGCGGGCUUUGUGAAAAUCCGGUGGAACAUCUGGUCCGAGCUGGUCAUCGGCCUGAUCACAGCAGUGCAGGCAGCACUGCUGCUCCUCAUGGGCAACACAGACAACAUUUGGGUCUGCUACGUGGCCUACAUCCUGUUCAGGGGCUUCUACCAGUUCCUGGUGCCUAUUGCCACUUUCCAGAUUGCCUCGUCGCUCACCAAGGAGCUGUGCGCCUUGGUGUUUGGCAUCAACACCUUUCUGGGGACCAUUUUGAACAGCAUCAUCAUCCUGAUAUUUGCUGAAAAGAGAGGCCUGGGGUUGGAUGUGCACGAUCAGUUCCUGGUGUACUUCAUUUACCUCACCAUUCUUACCGUCAUCUACUUUAUCUGUGCCACCGUGGUCAUCAUGCGUCACUAUAGAAACAAGCCCAGGGAAGGAGGCGGGACCAACGAGCAGGCCUCGCCCAUGGAGCUGCAUCCUGUGACUGCGAGUUCAGAGGCAGAAACUUUAACUAACGGCGCAAGUGCCAAAGCAUAAUGACAGGAAACGUAUCUUUUCCCAGUUUUUGUGAAUAUGCUCUACAGACUCAGCGGGAUCGAUCGUUUUAACCCUGAGAUGUUGAUGGCGUGGUGUGUUCGAUGUUGAGCUGCUGAGCCUUGUAGAAACCAUAGAAGUGCCUCACCUAAAGCUCCUGCACCACACCAGUCGGAUUGGCUGGAUCCCACUCAUUUCCGACGUCUGAAGUAAAUUCCAGUACUUUUUAAAUACAAAGCACUACCUGGUACUAU